AUGUCGAAGCAAGCUCGUGCGGUGCUCCAGGACGAAGGUCGUGCGGUGGACCUCUACUUCGGGAAAAACAAGGCCCAGAUGAGAAUGAUGACACUGAAGCAUGCUUUCGCUUUGUCUGCGAAUGCAACAGUCUGCGAGCACGUCGCCCUGCACGGUUGGGUUCACAAGGGCCUAGAGCCUGACGGACGUUUCCUGGACGCUGAAGCCCUGGUCCAAGGCAGAGUCGUGCAGUUGAGGCUCGGUGACAGCAGCUCCCCUGCAGACUCCAAGCAGCCCUCGGACACACCAGGGAAACGGAAGCGAGACGAGCUGCUUUGUCUUCCGAGCAGGUCUGAGUUCAUUGAGCGGCUGCAGAGUAUACGUGGGCUUACCGAUGCCCACAUCGAGAAAAUUACAACUGGCCUGGGCAUGCCUGCAAUCAAGCACGACACCGGCCUGAAGUAUGAGAGAGAAAAACGAUGCCUUCGGGACCUUCUGCUACCAGCAGCGAAGGGAGACCCGAUAAGGAUCCCUGUCAUGAGCCUAGCUGCGUCAUUGACUCAGAAGUGCCAGGCGAACAAAGCAUUCGCAGACAUUUUGUCUGCGGCUGUAAAAACGGCACCUGACGGCACCCUGGAUGCCCUGGUGUAUGUCAACGAAGCCGUCCCAGGCAACAUUGUCCAACCAGACAACCGCAGAAAAGCGUACCUCAUGUACAUUAGCUUCCUGCAGUUGGCCACGACGUUGCAGGCAGAGUACUCAUGGACGACGGUGGGGUGCGUCAGGCAUUCUCUAGUAAAUGCAGCAGCUGGAGGCUUGGCCGGCGUCAUGUGCGAAUUCGUUGGCCGCCUGCAGGAGGAGCUCCAGGGUUUCGCAAUCCAGGACAGCACGGGCUCGCCCGUUUUGGUGCGCACCCAAACCCUGCUUGGCUGGCGAUACGUGCCGCAGAGUCUCCCCUGCCGGCAACCCGACUUGAUCCCUCCGCAGCGGGUUCUCUACGACGGGCAACAUUGCUUCUAUGUGAACGGUAUAGUGAACGUGGAGCUGGGACUCUUCCUGGAUGCAGCGCUCGAAGCGGGUGCUCUUGAGAAAACAGCAGAGCUGGCGGAUGCCUUGGCAAAACAUGCUUGGCAGGGUCCAGAUAUGAGGGUGGCGCGACUGCUCGGUUCCAAACUCUUGCAAUCCGGUGGGGAAUAUCGCGGCAAGGCCUCCGAAACAAUGUCGGUCUUGCCUUUGGUCAUUUUCUUUGCCGAGAGAGUGCUGGCUCCUUGCGAGUUGCUGAGGGACAACGUUCGAUCACUGCAGCUACUCUGCCGAAUUUGUAAUUAUGUGCGUUUCCUGAAGCAGUCCCGGGACAAAGCGGCGGCCCGGGACAUGCUCCAGCUGCAAAAGAAGCACCUUGAACUUUACGAGAAGUGCUACGGGACGGACAAAGUGAAACUGAAGCACCACUAUGCGAUGCACAUACCUUCCCAACUUGAGGAAAGCCAUGUUCUGGCUGAUUGCUUCCCCACUGAGAGGCGAAACAAUCUCUUCAAGCAGGAUGUGGCACCCAGAAUGAAGAAACUAACAGGUUUCGAACAAGCUGCCUUGCUGCGACUUGCAAGGACGGAUGCCCAAAUGCAAACGUCCUUCAGUUUGCAGCCAGCCUUGGAGAACCCAAGACCUGAUGCAGCUCUGGCACUGUAG